AUGCUACCGAGAAAAAAAGAAAUGAAGUGGAUUAUCGUAACAGUAUUAUGUCUAGUCAAAACUUCAUCGCAACAUGGAUCCGGGGCUCCACCUGCGGCUUGUCUGGACCAAAUGCCACGACACAGCGGCAUACUACCUCAGUCAUCGGUGCCUCCAUACGCUAUUUCGACGUCUGCUGCCCAAGUAAGGCAGGGUGACAGCAUCAAUGUUACAAUUGGAAGUCCUUUCGGGGCUCCAGUCCCUAUCGGCGGGUUUAUAUUGCAGGCCAGGGCUAUACAGAAUACAGAACAAAUAAUAGGCAAGUUCACAUCAGUGCCACUUCCAGAGACAACGCAGAUUAUAAGCUGUCGCGGCAACAACGACACGGCGACUCAUUCAACGCCAGAAGACAAACCACCGCUUUCUUUUACCUGGCAAGCACCUGCUGACUUCUUGGGUGGCGUCGAGUUUCGUGCAACAGUCGCCCAGAGCUAUGCAACAUUUUGGCGAAAUGUCGAGUCGUCAUUAGUAGAAGUGGUAAGCCCUGACACGGAGAUCACCACUCCUUCUCCAGUUUCCAGCACCCAGAAGACCAAACAAGAUCCCCCUGUUAUUAUGGAGUCGAAGCCAAAGACAACUCCACCCCCUCUAGAUCUAAUCUACCAGGGCUGCGCAGACACAAAAUUAUGCUUCGGCGUACCUCAAAACUGUAUUUCAGCUGGGAAUUGCAAAGCAAUCGUCUCAGUGUUUGUCGCUGGCGAUGUCUACACAUUCGAAAUUCAGGGCACAGAUAAUCCCAAAUAUGUUGGCGCUGGUCUGAGUUUGGACAAUAAAAUGGGUGAUGACAGUGCAAUGGAGUGCGUAAGAAAUGAAAAUGGGCGGGUUAAUUUAUACACAUCAUGGACGUAUCCGAAAGCUGAGCCAUACGUCAAAAGGUCGGACUCGCCACAGGAUAUAGUGCAAUUACUAGAGUCAUCGACAAUAGAUGGCAAGUUGUAUUGCAAGUUUAAACGGGAUGCGGUCUCUGUGGUUAAAGGGCAGACCUUCGAUUUGGCGAAUAAUAAGUACUAUUUGAUGGCGGUUUCCGGUGAUUCUAUGAAAGAUGCCGAACGCGUAGGCUUCCAUACUUUAGCUUACGAGUCAACUGGCGAGCCUCUCUCACUAGCCAGUGUAGGAGCUGCGGCUGGAUCGUCAAAGCUAUUGCUGAAGUUACACGGUUCCUUUAUGUUGAUCGCUUGGAUUGGUACUGCCUCACUGGGCAUUGUUUUGGCAAGGUAUUUCAGAAAAACUUGGGUGGGAAAAACAUUGGGCGGAAAGGAUAUCUGGUUUGCUAACCACAGAAUACUUAUGGCGGCGACUUGGUUACUAACAGUGGUUGGUUUUAUACUGAUCCUUGUGGAGGUGGGAGGGUUCGCGACCACCGGAGAUAACCCUCACGCUAUCACUGGACUCGUCACUGUAAUACUGUGCUUCAUACAACCGAUUGGAGCAUACUUCAGACCUCACCCGGGUACACAAAAGCGUCCAAUAUUCAACUGGGCACACUGGCUGCUCGGCAAUGCUGCUCAUAUUUUAGGAAUAACAACAAUAUUCUUCGCCGUGUACCUUCAGAAGGCUGAGUUGCCGCCGUGGACCGUUUUUAUUCUAGCUGCGUUUGUUGUUUUCCAUGUCAUUAUGCAUAUAAUACUCUCGUUAACGGUGUGCGUAUCUGAAGGCCGUAUCAGCAACGGCCGUGUUAACUCGUUCCCAAUGAAAGACAUGUUAGGGCAUUCCAGACAAGUCAGUGCGGUCGACCGAAGCUCUGACGCGCCGUUUGCCAGCUUCAGAAAACAUCUUCUUGGAGUUUACGCGCCAAUAAUUUUAAUUUUCGUUGUAGCCGUUGUUUGUUUAGUAGCAUUAGCCCCGUUAGGUGACUUAUAG